GGGGCUUGAGAGGAGGUGUUCCAAUUAGGUUUAAAUACACAGGCGCUGGAGUCCUGCUUUUUCGUAAUGGUGAAAAUUGAAAUGGUGACAUUCAAUAAUGGAAAUCAGGCUCCAAUUAUUGGUCUGGGAACAUGGAAGUCUAAGGCGAAUGAAGUCAUAGAAGCCGUCAAAAAUGCAAUCGAUGUUGGAUAUCGACAUAUAGAUUGCUCUCCUGUUUACGAUAACGAAAAAGAGAUUGGCGAGGCCUUAAAUUCAAAGUUUAAGGAAGGAAUUAUCAAACGAGAAGAUGUUUUUAUCACCAGCAAACUUUGGUGUACUGAACAUUCACCAAAUCUCGUGGAACCAGCCUUGAAAAAAACUCUCAGUGAUCUUCGCCUUGAAUAUUUGGAUUUGUAUCUUAUUCAUUGGCCCAUGGCCUUCCAAGAAGGCAAAGAGAGUUUCCCCACAGAUGCAAAUGGAAAAUAUCUAGGUUCCGAUGUCGAUUACGUGGAUACAUGGAAGGCAAUGGAAAAAUUAGUGGAGGAUGGAUUAGCAAAAAAUAUUGGAGUGAGCAAUUUUAAUUCGAAACAAGUUGAGAGAAUCUUGAAAAUCUGCAAAAUUAAACCAGUGGUUAAUCAAGUCGAAUGUCAUCCUUACCUUCCUCAAGUUAAACUUUCGGAAUUUUGUAAAUCCAAAGGAAUAAUUAUAACUGCCUACAGUCCCUUCGGUUCUCCUGAUAGAUCCUGGGCCAAACCUGACGAUCCUCAACCAUUGAAAGACGAGAGAAUUAAAAAAAUUGCUGACACAUAUAAUAAAAGUGUAGCUCAAGUCAUUAUUCGUUAUCAGAUACAGCGAGGCCACAUUGCUAUUCCUAAGUCGGUCAGCAAAACGCGUAUGCAGGAAAACUUGAAAGUUUUCGAUUUUGAGCUGAGUGAAGAUGACAUCAAAGAAAUACAUACAUUUGAUAAAAAAAUGAGAGCCUGCGCCAUGUCGAUGGCUGUGGAUAACGAGCAUUAUCCUUUUCACGAGGAGUUUUAACCUGCAAAUAUUAGGGGAUAAAAACUGAAUUAAGUGCGUGAAAAAUAGUAAUAAGAAAUAACAUAUUUUUCUAUUGUGAGAUUAUUUAGAUUCGUAAUUUACCAAACGUGGAUGAUUAUUGAUAGUGUAUCGUUUAUUUACCGAUAAAUAGUAAACAAAUUAAUGAUUCAGCUUGAAAUAGAAAA